AUGUUCAACUUCGUCGAGCAGCGUGUGGCUGCUACGCCGUUGGCCCACAUCUACUCCUACGCUCCUGCCUCGCUUGUCAACUCGCUCGCUGUAGCCGCUGCCUUUGUCACUCUUGUUGGUCUCGCCGCUACUGUCAGCCAGAAGGUCCGUGACAUCCUCGUCUUCAGCUACACUUGCUUCCUCCAGCCCCUCGGCAAGACUUCAAACCAGGCCGAGCGCCUCGACAAGUUCUACCAAAACCAAGCUUCCGUCUACGAUGCGACCCGCUCCGGUCUUCUCAAGGGCCGAACCACCAUGCUCAAGCUGUGUGCCGCCCAGCUUCGUGAUAUGCAGGCCACGAAUCCCGGAAAGCCCCUUAUCUGGGUCGACAUUGGCGGUGGAACCGGCUGGAACAUCGAACAGAUGAACGAGCACUUUCCCAUCGACCAGCUCGCCCAGGUCUACCUCAUCGACCUGUGUGAGCCUCUUCUCGAGGUCGCCCGCAAGCGUUUCGCCGCCAAAGGCUUCAAGAACGUUCAAGUGCUGUGCCAGGACGCUAGCCAGUUCAACAUGCCUGGUCUCGCUGCCGGUCAGAAGGUCGAUCUCUUCACCUGCAGCUACUCCAUCUCGAUGAUUCCUCCCUUCUACGCCGUCCUGGACCGCAUCAACGACUUCCUCGACCCCGUCACCGGUGUCUUUGGUGUCGUUGACUUCUACGUCUCUGGCAAGAGCGCUCCUACCAGCAAGAGCCCUAUGAUCGGUGGUGACACCCGUCGCCAGUGCGGCUGGCUCAGCCGAUGGUUCUGGAGCAUGUGGUUCUCCCUCGAUCACAUCGAGCUGCACCCUGCCCGCCGUGACUACCUCGAGCACAAGUUUGGCACCAUCAAGUGCUACAACGGUCGCAACAACUUCAUCAUCCCUCUGAUUGUUCGCAUUCCUUACUACAUCUGGCUCGGUGUCUCGCGCGAGCGUGACACUACCAAGGCGAUCCAGGCUUUCGAGGUCGAGUCGGGCAACCGCGUGGUCGUGCCGCCUUCCUUUCCCGAGCUUGCCUAUCUCCACGACGACGAGAUCUCCUCCAAAGGUCGCACUGCCAUCGCUACCGGCAUCGACGCUUGUGAGGACGCCAGCAGCCGUUUCGAGCCCACCCGUCGGUUUCUCCGCCGCAGGGUCUCGGAAGCGACCAACGAGAGCGAUGCCGACUCGGACCGCCCUCUGAAGCUCGACCUCGGCCCGCACAUCCCUCUCAGCUCGUUCCACUACCAGAAGCGACAGUGGCGUCUUCCCUUCGUCGACAACGAGUUCAGUGACAUGUUCCGCACCUGGAUCUACGGCUUCACGUGGGAGGACCCUUACGUUGACAUGCAGCACAUCAACCUCGGUCGGGACGACUCGAUCCUGUGCAUCACCUCUGCCGGUGACAACGCGCUGCACUACGCUGUGGCUGGCAAGCCACGCCGCAUCCACGCGGUCGACAUGAACCCCUGCCAGGGUCAUCUGCUCGAACUCAAGCUCGCCUGCAUCGCUUCCUUGACGUAUGACGAGAUGUGGGCCAUGUUCGGUGAAGGGCGUAUCGACAACUUCCGCGAGCUGCUCGAUUCCAAGAUCUCGCCCUACCUCUCCUCGCACGCCUACCAGUUCUGGCGCCUCAACACGCGCGCCUUUGAGACGGCGUUCUACUUCCGCGGCUACUCCGGCCACGCGCUGCGUCUGGCCAAGUACGCCUUCACCAUCACCGGUGUCCGACGCUGGGUGGCCAAGAUGUGCACCGCCAACUCGGUCGAGGAACAGCAGGAUGUGUGGAACAAGAAGCUCCGCUCGACGUUGAUCAACAAACCCCUCAUCCGCCUGUUCCUCUCCAACCCCGCUUUCCUCUGGAACGCUCUGGGCGUGCCAAUGAACCAGUACCAGAUCUUCCUCAACGAAGGAGUAUCCGCGGAACAGUUUGCCAUCGACACCCUCGACUCGAUCCCCAGUCGCAGUCUCAUCAAGAACGACAACUACCACUACCAGCUCUGCCUCAUGCACAAGUACACCAAGCAAUCCUGCCCGCUCUAUCUCAAGCCGGAUGGAUUUGCGGCCCUCAAGAAGCAGGCGCUGGAGGAAGGACUCGACUCGUUCCGCCUGCACACGGAUUCAAUCGUCAACGUGCUGCGUGGCUUCGAAGAUGGCGCGCUGACGAGGGCCAUUACGAUGGACCACAUGGACUGGUUCGAUCCCGUCCCCGAAAGUCAACCCGCUCCGACGAUCAAACAGGCCCGCAAGGACGAAGACAAGACCGUGUCCGACCUCGACCGCGAGAUCUGCGAGCUCUCGCGGGUCGUCAGGAAGGGUGGCAUGGUGUUUUACAGAAGCGCAGCGAAGAGACCCUGGUACAACCAGAGGUUCGAAAAGAUGGGCUUCCGGGUCGAGCCUGUUCACAUUAGGGAGACGGGCAAGCCGAUUGACAACGUUAACAUGUAUGCUAGCUUCUACAAGGCUACUCGUCUCUAG